UUUGUUUAGAAGCUCUUUACUGCAGUUGAAGAGCAGUUGUGGUAUUAAUCUCCAUCACCUCAUCCAGAGGAAUUUCGAGUCAUCAUGAGGGCCACUUAUAUCUUUCUGCUUUGCAUCCUGGGACAUGCACUGCUUUCCUCAGUCUUCUGCAACAAUGCAAUUGGUCCCGACGACUGCUGCUUCACAUUCUACCCGAGAAGACUGAAGAAAACACUCAUCAGCUCGUAUUACGUGACUGAUCACCGCUGCCCAAAGACUGGAAUCAUUCUGGUUACAAAGAAGACUCGUCACAUCUGUGUUGAUCCGAGUCUCUCCUGGGUUGAGGGCAUCAUGAGAAGUGUGGACGAAAAUACCUUUUAAACCAGCUGCCGGCUCAUCAUUUCUUUAACAUUACUGCGGCUUUUGUUGCUUCAUCACAUUAUAUACCUAUCAUAAAAAAAGAUGUUACUAUGUGAUCAUAAUUUUGGCAUUGAUGUGAAAAUCUGUUGGGAGUAAUUCCAGAAUUUGCCUCCAAACUGAGUUGUAUUUUUUUGAAUGCUUUGUAUAAUACCCUCAAUAUCAUACUGGUUAAACCUCAUACAGUGUGAAAGCUUUGCCUUGUCUUUUCUCAGUUCCUCCGAUUGCCCAGUGAAUAAAUGAAAAAUACUGAAAA